AUGCCUUGUAUUUGUCAGCUGUUCAACAAAAACAAGCGCAAAAGCGACAAUAACUCAGGUUCGUAUGGCAGCACCAGCAUUGAAUCCGACGGCCAAGUCUCAGCAUCUCAAGUUGUUCAACUCAGGGCGGAAGUAUGGUCGCUCAGGAAAUCCGCUUCUGAUUCAGAUGCCAUACGAAGCAGCAUGCAGGAGGCUCUCACAAAAGCGGCCGCAGAGAAGUAUGAUCUGCUGGAGGAGUUGAACCGGACCAAGAGUGAAAUCAUGGUACGGGAGUCCCUGCAUCGUGAGGAGCGAAAUGUGUACUGCCGGGAUAAAGAUAAGUUCCUACAGGAGAUUGCGGGCUAUCGCACGAAGAUUAAGGAAAUGUCAUUUUUGGUGGAUAAAAUUUCCAAUCAAAACAUCGAGUUUAAAAAAUCAUUGCUGGAAGCCAACGACGUGAUUUCCAAAUUAGAAAGGAAAUGUAUGAGAAUGAAAUAUUCCAAAAUGAAGGCAGAACAUGACACUGCAUAA